GUUUGAUUUGAUCUCCAUGGAGCCAUGCGCAGACAUGGAGUGUUGCCUGAAAGUCCACUCCAAGUGUGAGUCGUGUAUGAUGAAGACGAUUGAGGUGUUGCGUUCUAUCAGUGGAGUGUAUUCGGUGAUCUGGGAUGCUGAAAAGAAUAUUUUCAAAAUAUCCGGAGAGGUUGAUCCAAACAUACUUCUCAAGGCAGUGAUGCGGACAGGUGAACAUGCGGAGCUCGUCAAUGUAAAACUCAAUCACCCACAGCUAAGACACACAAAGAGGAGGGAUAUAAGGCCACUGCCUGAGCAUGAAUCCUACCCAGUUACUAGUAGUGCUUACAGGAGGCCACCUGGGAUUCAGUAUCUGCCUUCUAAUUACGACACCACCAACUAUGGCUAUGGCUAUGAAAACCCCCUGCCACCGGCAACCUAUGUGCCAUCAUAUCCAUAUCAAGAGCAUGGUCCAUAUGCUAAUUAUGAGGGGGUCAGCUUUUGCACCAUCAUGUGA